GAUUCCCUGUGUCCAUCUUGUUCCAAUGCCCUGUGUCCUUCCUGCUCUGAUGCCCUGUUUCUGUCCUGUUCUAAUGCCCCGUGUCCUUCCUAUUCUGAUUCCCUGUGUCCGUCCUGUUCCAAUGCUCUGUGUCCUUCCUGCUCUGAUGCCCUGUGUCUGUCCUGCUCUGAAGGCCUCGGUGUCCAUCUUGCUCUGAUGCCCUGUGUCCUUCCUAGUCUGAUGCCCUGUGUCCUUCCUAGUCUGAUGCCCUGUGUCCUUCCUGUUCUGAUGCUCUGUGUCUGUCCUGUUCUGAUGCCCUGGGUGUCCAUCCUACUCUGAUACCGUGUCCUUCUUGCUCUGAUGCCCUGUGUCUGUCCUGUUCUGAUGCCCUGGGUGUCCAUCCUGCCCUGAUGCCGUGUCCUUCCUGCUCUGAUGCCCCGUGUCUGUCCUGUUUCCCACGUUGCUUAGAUGCUCAGCCCACGGAGGGUGAGAGAGAGAUCUGGAACCAGGUCAGCGCCGUGCUCCAGGACUCGGAGAGCAUUCUCACAGACUUGCAGGCUUACAAAGGCGCUGGCCAGGAGAUCCGUGACGCAAUCCAAAAUCCCAAUGACAUCCAGCUGCAAGAAAAGGCGUGGAAUGCAGUAUGUCCACUCGUUGUCCGACUGAAGAGAUUCUAUGAAUUUUCCAUCCGGCUCGAGAAAGCUCUGCAGAACCUUCUGGAGUGCCUGACAUGCCCUCCCUACACACCCACCCAGCACCUGGAGCGAGAACAGGCUCUGGCCAAGGAGUUCGCCGAGAUCCUCCACUUCACCCUUCGCUUUGAUGAGCUCAAGAUGAGAAACCCCGCAAUACAAAAUGACUUCAGCUACUACAGGCGGACAAUAAGCCGCAACCGGAUCAACAACAUGCACCUAGACAUCGAGAACGAGGUCAACAACGAGAUGGCCAACCGCAUGUCGCUCUUCUACGCGGAAGCCACGCCCAUGCUCAAGACCCUGAGCAACGCCACCACCUACUCUGCCUCGAAGAACAAGACGCUGCCCAUCGAAAACACGACGGACUGCCUCAGCACCAUGAUAAGCGUGUGCAAAGUCAUGCUGGAGACCCCAGAGUACCGGAGCCGCUUCACCAGCGAAGAGACGCUUCUGUUCUGCAUGCGCGUCAUGGUGGGCGUCAUCAUCCUCUACGACCACGUGCACCCCGUGGGCGCUUUCUGCAAGACGUCCAAGAUCGACAUGAAAGGCUGCAUCAAGGUGCUGAAGGAGCAGCCCCCGGACAGCGUGGAAGGCCUCCUGAACGCCCUCAGGUUCACCACGAAGCACCUGAACGAUGAGUCGACCUCCAAGCAGAUCCGAGCCAUGCUCCAGUAGGGCCCCUGUGCACCCAGGAUCCCGCGGGGCCCUGACCUCAGAAGAUGUAUAUGUUUACAUAAUUUAAUACAGAUUUAUGUUAAUACUUGUGUAUUUACAUAACCAUUUCCUUCCUGUCACUGAGAUGUAUGGCUCUCGGGCCCUAACCUGACUGAAUCUCACAGCCCGUAGUGAGACAUCAAUUUCCUCCACAGCCCUCCCCUCAACCUUCAGGCAGACAAGCCCCCCCCCAGCCGGGAGAAGUGAGGCUUUGUGCGGGGGGCUCAGAGCUCCCUUCACUGGCCCCUCGGCUGUGGGGUCCCUCCCUGCCUGGGGCAGCCCUUCCUUCCCAGCACCCCGGCCCUGGGGGAGAAACCGAGCUCCAGAAGCUCGGCCGGCCUCGUUCCCGUCUCAGCUGGGCUGAAAGCGAGGCCGUCUUCUCCCCAGACGGGAACUAAAUUUGCUCUAAACGCUUUUAAAAAAUUAAAUAAAAAUAAUAAGGGGGCUGUGGAGGCCACAGAGCUGGGGAGUAUCAUGGCACCUUCUCCAGAGGCCACACACGUGUGCGGCGGCCUCUGACCUGGAGGCAGCCUCGCCUCAGCGAUCUCCUCACUUGCAGGAUGGAUUUCCUUCUGUCUCUCUCAAGCAGCAUCCCAGAGCUCAAGGGAAGAGGGAACCCCUUACCAGCCCCCCCCUCAGAAGCCCGAGCUGAGCCCUCUGGACCUUGAGCUCCAUCUUCUCUGACGGCUGCCCAGAGGCAGGGAAGUUCACCUCCAGGGCAGCUCCUUCAGGAGCUCUGUGCAUCCCCGGUUUCUCCUACUCAAAUCUGAGGAGCCAGAGGAACUCUCAGCCCUCCAUUCGCCAAGGUUUAGGGAAGCAGCAAGCUGAGGGUCCCGGAUCAUUGCAGAUUCUUCAGCUUUAAUCAGAGCGUCGUGAUCAGGAAAUGCUUCUGACUCUCAGUCUCCCCCUAGAAGUCUCCCCCGGUGUCUGAGCCCUCCUUCCUGCCUCAAGGACCCAUCUGGCCAAACUUUCCUGGAGGACGGAGGGUCCAGCAGGGCCCCAUGAGCAUCAUCCAGGAAGGUGGCGCAAAGAGAAUCACAUGGGACUCAAGGAGGUAGAACAGAACAUUUUGCUGAACUUUCUCCCUUUUACUGAUGAGGAAACUGAGGCACAAAGAAGGGGAAUGGGACCUGCCCAGAUCAUUCUGGGGCAGAGCUAGAGCACAGAUCCUGGCUCCCAGUCCGGUCCCCAGCCCGCUGCUCCCCAGCAUCAUGAGACUUGAAAGAGCAAAAUAAGAGGCCGCGUCUGGGGCAGAUGGGGAGCCGGACUCAAGUCAGAAAGCAUGGCUGCGACUCCCUCCUCACACACAGUAGCUUGGGAAGUCCCUUUACUCUUUCAGACUCAUUUUCCUCAUCUGUAAAAUGGGGAUAAUAGCAGCACCUACUUUGCAGGGUCCUGGGGCAGAGUAAAGGAGAUGAUAUUUGUCAAGUGUUUUAACAAGCAUUCGAGCCCCUCAACGUGAGCUCAGAUUAUUUAUUGCAUUUAGAUAACCUUUGAUUAUUGAUGUGAUAGGAAGGGGCGGGAGAGCCAGGAGGGACCGUUCUGCUUGACUAGAUCCCUGCUGUGGGCUCAUUUUGUGGUCCCGAUUCUCCCCAUGGAAACGUCCCAGUCAGUUUUCUUUGACGUCAGCCCUUGGGCUGAGCAGGACACGGAUGCCUCUGGCUGUGAACGAUCACCCCGUCCAGCCCCUCACCCACCCACCCUCCACAUGGUCAUCCUAAAGACUGGACAGUAAUGGCCCAGAGCUCAGAGAUCUGGGCCCGCUCCCCCCAAAAUGGGAACCCCCGACGAGCGGCCUCCUGGAAGCGCCCUGCAAGGAAAGACGUUCAGUCCCCGCAGAUCGGACCUGACUCCAAGAUGGCCACCAUGCCCCCCACCCCCACCCCAUGUGCUCCAAAGCAGCUUCUGGACGGUGCAGGAGACAGAGCUCUGGGCCUAGAGUCGGGAAGAACUGGACAGGCCCUUGUAAUUGUGUGACCCAGGGCAAGUCCACAAAAUAAGGAAAAUGGUUUUGGUGAAAUCCAAGGUCCUGGACAGCUCUACAUAGGGUAUCUUAUGAUUAGGCUUCCCUCCACAGCAGGGGAAAUCCCCUAGGACUCCCAAGAUCUACCUGGAUCUGGGAUCCACCCUGUUGUCCUCCCCGGAGCCAAUCCAGCUCAUCUAAAAUGGAUCAAACACAAGAGGCCAGCAGAGGCCUGGAUGCCGGGCCUCUGACGUUCAGGCCCUGCCGGCCACCUCAGCUCUGGGUCCAAGCCAACUCACCUUCAUGUUGGGCCAGAUUGAGCUUCCAUCCAUGGAUCCCAACUCCCCCCCUCUCGCCCAUCCCUAUUUUUCUAGUCAAUUCUCCCUCCAUCCUGUUCCUAUGAAGUUUUUUUGUUUGUUGGUUUUUUAACCUAAGGGGAAGACUUGAAAUCUGCCCCAUGAAAUUUCAUUUUAGUUACUUGGACCCAUCAUCCAUCCUGUCAAGAAAUUUUGAGACCCUGCUGUCCCUCCCCUCCCACUGCCUUUUUUUUUUACGUCAGAAACCUGCUGACUUUAGAGCUGGGCCGCAGCUGUGAGAGAAAGAAAGCAGCUCCCUCAGCCCGCGCCACAAACACAGGCCCGCUUUACACACAAAAGUGAGUAGGUCUUGCCCAGAUUCGCACAGAUUGCGAGGAGAUGGGCCGGGACCGUGCGUCCGAGACCGGGAGUUCUCAGAGUCCAUCCAGACCAGUCCCACCCCAUUUCACAGAUGAGGAAAUGAGGUUCCAAGGAAGUCAAGGUCUUCUGCCUCCAUUACCAUCUGUGCCUUCGCCAAAGUCCACAAUGAUAAAAUCAGACAGAACCAGCUCAAGAAUGUUUGCCAGACUCAGGUGCCAGAUCACAAGGGGGACGUGGUUCUGGCAUCCUGGGUCAGAAGACAGCAGCUGUCCAAGCGAGCCCACUCCCAAGAGCCACAAAUAAAUCCCAAGGCGCUUAGAAGUAGAAGGGCCCAAGCCCUUCCUGUUAGCCGGGACAAUCAUAACACAAUUAAUUCAGGAAAAUGAGAGCGUGAACCCUGACCUCUGGACCUGUUAGGAUACAUGAAAACAACCACCAUCUGGGGUCCUUGAAGGGCGUGGACGUGAGUGAUGGCCAGCGUAGCCACUCUCUGUGGCCUGACGGUUAGGAGCUGCUUGAGUCCCCCAUGGGGCCUCGGACAUCAGGAGACCUGACAAACUCAUGCUUGUGGGUGAGCUACGGAGAACACCUGUCCCCCAUCAGCCACCAUAGGGCCAAGUAGUGGAAGAGACAUAAAGAUGCCGGGGACCACCUUGUCCAUUGCCUCCUUUUGCAGAGGAGGAAGGAGUCUCAGAGAAGGGAAGUGGCUGAAGGUCCUGUAGGGGAUAAGGAACAGAUUCAAAAUGAGUUUUCUGAAUUCAGACCCAUACCCCUCCCAGCCUCAAACAGCCUGGGCCUCCAGAGAAAUGAGAGAUUAAGGACCAGGAUGUCAGGGUUCUGACCCAAGAACUUUUAGAUUCCCAUUGAUACAACUUUCCAUCUCCACCCUCACCCACCACCGCCAGCUUUGCCCACGACCUCAAGGUGAGAGUAAUCUGGAGCUUGAAAAGUCUUAGAGUUGGAAGAAAAAUAGUUCCAUCUUCCUCCCCUCCUCUGCCCUUGCCCAGAAAAACUAGAGCCGUGUUUAAGGGAGGACCGCUGGCCCGCUCCUUAGGGAGUGGGGAGAAUAGUCUCAGCUGUCGGCCAUUGACUUCCUUUUGGAAAAUGGCUUGGACUGGCCUGUUCUGAAUUUGUGCUCUAUUUGACCUGAUGUAAGUGGGAGUUUGCUCUUUAGGAGCCAGACCCUCCGGAAGGUCGUGUGCCAGCUGUGUGUCUACACAGGACUGCCCCCCCUCCCCGAGACCUGGCCCGGGGUUCUCAUUUCCUCUUUUCAGAAACUGUCACCCUUCCUGGCCUGCCCUUGCUCCUUUUGUACAGAAGUUUUGAGUGUAAAAUGAAAUAAAAUUUGGUACAUAUCCUGAGAUCCUCA